GAUCCCUGGACAUGCUGCGUCUGAUGCACACUGGUCUCAAGCAAUCCCAACUGGAUGCACCCGAGCGACAUCCUUUCAAUCUCUCCAUCGUUACACAAAAUGUGAUGGUGUCAUGAGCUUCGACUCUUGGCUUACCAUCCUGCCUCUUCACAUCGCAACGGCACUGGUUUAGGUUAGCGUUCCUCGACGCACUGCGUUGGAGCGGAGUGUGGUUGGCCUGGUGCUACUGAAUGCGGUGAGAUUAUCACGCACAGGUUCUUCUUUGGUUAAUUGGUUGGUUGGUUUUUUGGGAUAUUGAUGCUGCAAGGAGGAAUUUUUGCACAUGGCGUCCCGAUGUCAGCGAUUGAAGGUGUAUGUGAAGGCAGCUACUGGCAACCCAUGCAAGCUUGGAGACUGUCCGUUUUCUCAAAGAGUGCUGAUAACGUGUGAACUGAAAAACAUUGCUUACGAUGUGAAGUUUGUCGAUCUGGACAGGAAGCCUGAAUGGUUCUUGAGGAUAAAUCCGGAAGGGAGAGUUCCAGUUAUCAAAAUUAAUGGAGACUACAUACCCGACUCAGAUAUCAUCGUGGACGUUCUGGAGAAGUCGUACCCCUAUCCCCCUCUUUCUACCUGUCGAAACAUCACUUGCAGGGGCCAGAACAUCUUCCCGGCCGGAAUGGCGUUCUUCAAGAGCAAAAACCCCAGGUGCGAUGGCACAGAAUCGCAGUUCGUAUGCGAGCUUGACCACAUGAACCAUCACCUUUGCAACGAGGGUCCAUACAUAGCGGGGCAAUACGUGACCUCGGCCGACAUUGCGCUGGCGCCACAGCUGUAUGUCUUGCAGACCGCCCUGGCAUACUACAAGAACUGGACCAACUUCGAGCAAUUCUACCCUGCCUUGAACCUAUUCAUGAAGAAUAUGUAUGCGCUUCCGGCCUUCAUGCAAACAGCUCCUGCACCUGAGGUGGUGAUCCAAGGCUGGGCCAAGCACUGGUCAUGCUAGACUGCACGAGUGCCGCAAAGGACGGUUCUGUGUUCCGUUUGGAUUAGGUACGAUGUUACAAUCUUUCAUCAGAUACUCUUCAAAUUGUUCAAGACAACAAGACGAAGGCAACACAGCCACAAUUAGUCAAAGAAUUCCCCGCUUUGUUUAUAUUGCAUGAGAUUUGCACACCACUGUCAGUUUAAUAAUGUGGCCUGGAGAAUUGGGUACAGACCAAAUACUUGCCGAUUGUUCUGCAAGUGGUUGUUUAACUUUGUAUGCAUCAAAUAAAUGAUUCCUGUAUCAUUGCA